AUGGACGACGUGUGUAUUGUUCAAUUCCAAGUUCGUCUUCUUUCUAGGCUUUCAGUUAUUUUACGUUGAGAUUCAGGACUUGCAAGAGGAUCUGAAGGAGUUCCUACUGAGAGCGCAACGCCGUUCUUACCGGCAGAAUUUGAAAAAGGUCAGGGAGUACAUUUCGCCAAUGAUGUCGGAGGUAACCUAUCCCCUAUGACAUUCCUGAUUUCUAAUUUUUCACAGAGAAGCGUGUUCAACCGAGUUCCGCUUGAUGGAGGCGCUGUCAUCAGCAUCUACGAUUCUCGCGACAAGACAUUCGACCUCAUCAAGAGACUGGUAAAAAAUGUUAAGAGUUGCUCUUAAAACCCAGAUUUUCCAGAUGAAACUAGUGAUGUGCCAAGAAGUUCUGGUCACUCUGCGUGAUUAUCUCACUGUGUGUAACCGUUUGGAAAUCCGUCUCCAGUCACUCAUCUACCACAUUUCCAAGUGUCCGCAAUACGAUGUGAGUUCAAGAAUACUACGUUCAAUUAAAAAGAUUGGAAUUCCAGUUGGAGAUCGUUGACAUCACCACUCAACUCAAUUACAUGAGCAAGAUCGUGAGCGAAUUGGAGUCCGAGUACAAGAAGGACGAGUACGACAGCUUGUACGAGCAGUACGGCCUCGUCCAAAUAGUGGAGAGUUCUGAGGACGAGAUUGAGGAUGAGGACGAAAACGUGAGAUACGAAGACGAUGAAAAGGCAUACUAA